GGGGCAGACCAAGCAUGCAAAACAAAUUACAAUAUAAUGUGAUAAGUUCUUUAAAAGAGGUAAGAGCAACGUGCUUUGAGAACACAGAAGAGGGAGAAAGCAGCAUCCUGCCUGGAUGAGCCAGGGAAUACACAGGGGAAGCUCUUUAUCUCAUUUAAUCUUUACUACAUUCUCACAAGGUUCCUUAGUUGUGAAAAUACAUGAAAUAAAUCAUGAAAGCAACUAUCAUCUUCCUCUUGCUUGCUCAAGUUUCCUGGGCUGGACCGUUUCAACAGAGAGGCUUAUUUGACUUUCUGCUAGAAGAUGAGGCUUCUGGGAUAGGCCCGGAAGACAUAGAGCCUGUGGGACCAGUGUGUCCCUUCCGCUGCCAAUGCCAUCUUCGAGUGGUUCAGUGUUCUGAUUUGGGUCUGGACAAAGUACCAAAAGAUCUCCCCCCUGACACCACACUGCUAGACCUGCAAAACAACAAAAUAACUGAAAUCAAAGAUGGAGACUUUAAGAACCUAAAGAACCUUCAUGCAUUGAUUCUUGUCAACAACAAAAUUAGCAAAAUCAGUCCCGGAGCGUUUACACCUUUGGAGAAAUUGGAACGACUUUAUCUGUCCAAGAAUCAGCUGAAGGAAUUACCAGAAAAAAUGCCCAAAACUCUUCAGGAGCUGCGUGUCCAUGAGAAUGAGAUCACCAAAGUGAGAAAAUCUGUGUUCAAUGGACUAAACCAGAUGAUCGUCAUAGAACUGGGCACCAACCCUCUGAAGAACUCAGGAAUUGAUAAUGGAGCCUUCCAAGGAAUGAAGAAACUCUCCUACAUCCGCAUUGCUGACACUGAUAUAACUUCCAUCCCUCAAGGUCUUCCUCCUUCCCUUACUGAAUUACAUCUUGAUGGCAACAAAAUCACCAAAGUUGAUGCAGCUAGCCUGAAAGGACUGAAUAAUUUGGCUAAGUUGGGACUGAGUUUCAACAGCAUCUCUUCUGUUGACAAUGGCUCUCUAGCCAAUACUCCUCAUCUGAGGGAACUUCACUUGAAUAACAACAAGCUUCUUAAAGUGCCUGGUGGGCUGGCAGAACAUAAGUACAUCCAGGUUGUCUACCUUCAUAACAACAAUAUCUCUGCAGUUGGGUCUAACGACUUUUGCCCACCUGGAUACAACACCAAAAAGGCUUCUUAUUCCGGCGUAAGCCUGUUCAGCAACCCAGUCCAGUACUGGGAAAUUCAGCCAUCCACCUUCCGAUGUGUCUAUGUGCGCUCUGCCAUUCAGCUCGGCAACUACAAGUAGCUCCCAAGAAAGCCCUCGUUUUUAUAACCUGGCGAAAUCUCGUUAAUGUCGCUGUUAGGAAAAGAAAAUGAAAAUGAAAACUAGAUACUGGAAACCUAACUGCAAUGUGGAUAUUUUUCCCACAUGACUUGUUAUGCAUAAAGCCAAAUAUGCAGUUUAAAUAAUUGCCUACAAUAAAAAAAAAUUGUUUUGCCUGCCAUUUUCAGAAUCCUUUUUUUGAAGCUUUCCAUUGAUGUUAACUAAGCUAUUGCAGAUAUUCUUAUUUCACUAAAUGUAAAAUUCGGAGUAAAUAUGUAUGUUAACUAUUUAGUAAAGCUUUCCUUUUUUAAUUU